CGCGUCAAACUCGAUCCCCGUCCACCGCGCACGCCGCCGAGGCACCCCGCGCCCGCACGGCGCGUGCAUGGGCGACCCGGCGCCGCCCGCGUGGAUGGCCGCCGCGGCCCGCAAGUGGCUCGAGGACGCCGGCGCCAUCGCGGAGGAUGGCGCCGGCGCCGGCGACGGCCGCAGGGCUUUUAACGCGCUGCCGCUGUUCGGCGUGCGCGUGUCCCUCGCCGAGCGCGGCCGCGCCGUCUGCUCGCUCCGCGUGCCCGCCCACCUCACGGACGCAGACGGGAACUGGCACGCGGGGGCUAUCGCGGCGGCGGUGGACGACGUUUGCGCGGCGGCGAUCAUGUCGGUGGAGGGCAUCAUCAAGGUCUCCGUCCACUACGACAUCUCCUACUUCGCGCCGGCCAAGCACCAUGAGGAGGUGGAGAUGGACGGAAGGGUGGUCGAUCAGAAAGGGAGGAUGACGGCGGUGACGACGGAAGUCCGGAAGAAGGAGUCCGGCGAGCUGGUGGCGAUCGGCCGGCAGUGGAUGACCACCUCCAGACCAAAGGGAUAUCACGGAAGCAAGCUAUGGGCGGUGGCCCCGUUGGGCGCCGUGGUGGCGUUGACGAAUGUCUGGAAUGGCAAGGAUGAUGCGGAUCUCUAUUCUGAAGAUGGAUUAACAUAUGUGUCGCUUCUCGUGCUCCUACGGGUACAACAAGGCUAUAGCUGCCUAACGGAGUACGUAGUUAGGAAGCGUCCAAGGUCCAACCAAAUCAAGCACACGCAACACAAACACAUGGACGACGCGGCGGCGGAGGCCGAAGCGCUGCGGCUCCGGCUGGCCGCAAUCGCCAGGAAGUGGCUGGAGGACCCCCGCGCGGACUACGCCGGCAACGUCACCGACGCGGCCAGCCAAAAGCGCCACGCGCUCAACUCGCUGGUGCUGGGCGGCGCACGCAUCUCCCUCUCCGAGCACGGCCGCGUCGUCUGCUCGUUCCACGUGCCGCCGCCGCUCACCGACUCGGACGGGACGUGGCACGCGGGGGCACUGGCGGCGGCGGUGGACAACAUGUGCUCGGCGGUGGUCUUCACGGUGGUGGGCGCGCCCACGGCCACCGUCCACUACGGCCUGUCCUACUUCUCGCCCGUCGCGUGCAACGAGGAGGUUCAAUUGGACGGGCGGGUGGUGGGCCGGAAGGGGAAGCUGACGGCCGCUGUCGUGCGGGUGCGGAAGAUGGGAUCCGGCGAGCUGGUGGCGAUAGGGAGGCAGUGGAUGACCCCUGCCUGGCCAACAAAGAGCAACAAAAGUAGGAGCAGCCUCUGACACAAGUUAAAAUGUCGUCCGAUCGGAUGAUUUCAGAUUUGAGCAUCUAUCUCCGUUCAGUAGAACGAAACAAAUGAAAAUCCAUUUAUUAGUGCUUGGGCGAGGGAUUCUUUCUUUGAA